AUGUCUAGGUACAGAACCUCCUGGGAUCGUUUACCUCCUGAGAUUCGAAACGACAUCCUGGGUCUCCUGCCAGUUCUCGGCGGGAGGUGCAGCCUGCUCGCGACUGUUUCCCGAGCUUGGCAAUCAAUUAUCGAGCCACUCAACUUUGCCGAGAUCAGCUUGACGAUUCGCUAUAUCUGGUUUCGCGUGGAACUGGAGCAGUACGAUUGCGGACAAUGUGCUAACACUGACCGGGACCGUUGGGGCUUGGACAAUAUCGACAACCAAUUCAUCGUGGAUGCGUUUGAAAGUUUGUUCACGACACUCAGCGCAUGGGAGCCUCGCGGUGACUUGGUCCUCGAUAUCAGUGUCUACUCGCCCAGUGACAACCAGCACUGGUUCAAGUACCUAAGCUUCUGCUCAGACACCAACCUAGGCGAGUGUUCGUCUCGCCGUGGACACGAACAAGGAACUACCCUGGUAAAUGACCCGGCUCAUGGCUGGGUUGCCGGGCAGCAGGUUCUUGCUCCUGACGAGUUCGCUAUCGAACAGACAUUCGACGAGAUCAUGGGCGAGGGGCCUUUUGACGACGAGGAACCCGAGAUGGAGUGGUGGCGGGGUCUCCCCUUCGUACCCGUCGUCGGGGUCGUUCUCCUUCGCCAGCAGACCCGCCGACGAUGGAAGCCGGUUGCGCUCGCCAACAUGCUCACACGGUUCCCUAACUUGGAGGAGCUUUGUUACGAACCCUGGAGGGAAUUUUUCGAGUGUCCCGCUAUCAGGGUGCCGAACCGGGCCGUGAGCCGGAAACUGGCCCGCGCCAGCCUGCACCUCACGACGCUAUCCGCCUCUUUCAUGGCCGACGCCGGCUACUUCUUCGCAGCGCGUCAAGAUUUAUGGACGUGGGAUAAGCUUACUUCUCUGGCGCUGACUUCGAGGGUCCUCACUGACGAUGUGGACACCUUGGAUAUCAAUAACAUGCUUCGAGACGCUGCUGCUGCAGCACUCAAGAUGCCGAGACUUGACACGAUGGAGUUAUGGAACGGCAGACGGGGUCCAGCCAUCAUCACGGUACGGGGGACGUCGGAGCUUGCUCUAGGGGUUGCGGCUAGGCAAGCUUGGGAUGCGGUCGCUUACCGGCAUUGCCAUGGCAAGGUCGUCGUACAAACCUCUUCGAUCGAUCCAGAUGUGAUCCGAUGCCACGGCGAUGCGAUCAGCCAGCUGGGACUUUCGACUGAGGUCGCUAGGCCUGUCUCGCUGCAGCAAGUCCUCGGCGAACAUAGGUUUCGGGCAUGA